GGCUGCUGUAUUCCUGUCUGCUCCUGAGUUCGGUGUCGGCUGCCAGAAAGAACAUUUGUAUCACGUUCUCGAUACUUUCCCUCAGGAAAGGAAACUGAAAAAAACUCUCUCUUGCCUUCAAGGUGUUGGCCGGACCAUGUCUUCCAACCUGGAAUCGGCAAAAGACAUGUUUGUUUUCUUAGGAAAGUCGCUGUUUAGUAUUUUGGAGGCCCUACUUUUCCAAUUGAUCUCAAAGCCCAAGAAGAAUGUUGCUGGAGAAAUAGUCCUCAUAACAGGUGCUGGGAGUGGACUCGGAAGGCUCUUAGCCCUACAGUUCGCCCGCCUGGGAGCUGUGCUUGUUCUCUGGGAUGUGAAUAAAGAGGCCAAUGAGGAGAGCCUACAGGCAGCUCGGGAUGCAGGAGCCACCAGAGCGCAUGCCUACACCUGCGACUGCAGCCAAAGGGAAGAAGUGUACAGAGUGGCCGACCAGGUUAAAAAAGAAGUCGGUGAUGUCUCUAUCCUCAUCAACAAUGCUGGCAUUGUAACAGGCAAGAAGUUCCUCGACUGUCCCGAUGACCUCAUGGAAAAGUCACUUGAUGUCAAUUUCAAAGCACAUUUAUGGACAUAUAAAGCCUUCCUGCCUGCCAUGGUUGCUAACAACCAUGGCCAUUUGGUUUGCAUUUCAAGUUCGGCUGGACUAGUUGGAGUCAAUGGACUGGCAGACUAUUGUGCAAGUAAAUUCGCAGCCUUUGGAUUCGCUGAAUCUGUGUUUCUGGAAACAUCUGCUCAAAAACAAAAUGGGAUCAAAACUACAAUUGUGUGCCCAUUCUUUAUCAAAACCGGAAUGUUUGAAGGUUGCACGACUGCGUGUCCUUUUCUGCUACCAAUUCUGGAGCCAGAAUAUGCAGUCAGAAAAAUAGUGGAAGCAAUUCUGCAGGAGAAGCUGUACCUGUAUAUGCCAAAGUUUUUAUACUUCAUAAUGUUCUUAAAAAGCUUCUUGCCUGUCAAGACAGGAAUGCUGAUAGCUGACUAUCUGGGAGUCUUCCACGUGAUGGAUGGCUUCACUGGCCCAAAGAAGAAAGCUUAAAGCCAAGCUCCAUGCCCAGUGUCAUCUGAUGCCCAUUGCCACAGCAGGCUUCUAUCAAAGAAGAAAGGUGCUUCCGUCUGACCGAACCCAAAGACAAGUAUAACCCAUCUUCCUCUAUGGACCAGAAUGUCCUUCCAGUGUCAUUUAAAUGCAAUUUAAUUGUUUUGUUUUGUUUUGUUUUUGGUUGAGUGUUUUUCUUUUUCUUUUGGUGUUUUUGCUGUUGUUUGAAAAAUAAAAAUGACU